AACGCCCUCAUCUUCCGUCAAUUCAACUUUCUCUUCUGGACUUCAGGACUCCAGGCCAUUUCAUCCUCCUAUAACAUAUCUCUUCUACCAGUCUGACAACCCUCGCCACCCGGAAGCAGUUGCCAAUUCAACGCCGUUCUUGACCCGUUUGUUCGGCUGUUCGAGAACCCUUUUCUUUCUUCUGGCCUUUUAUACGACUGCUCCUGGACCUGAUUGGAAGUUCGAUCUGUGAUUCUAGGGAACCUCCCUUAACGACCUCGACAACUUCUCAACAGGAUUAACGCAUCAUCACACUCUUAUCUCGAGGACUUUUUUUUCUUUUCUUUUUUCUUUAAUCAUCCUACUCGCCUUAUCUAAUAUCAAAUCUCUCCAUCCUCUGGUCUGGUACUUGACUUGAAUCCUUGGACCAUUGAACUUUUUUUUUUGGAGAGCCCCCUACAAGUCGCUUAACAUGCAGCACCAUGCCCCGUAUGGAUAUCCCACUCCCCCGGCCUCUCCCACGUACGACGACCCCAAGUGCAACGUCCAACAGCCCUUUGCGACACGCACUUUCCAGCCCCGAUGUGUGCCCCUUGCCCCAGAACAGCGUAUAGGACGUCUUCUUGAGGGUAAGCUCCAGCUCACUGAUAUUCUUGGUACCGGCGCAUAUGGUGUCGUCUACACUGCCUUGGAUAUCAACACUGGAGUUCGGUAUGCUGUAAAGUGCCUGAGCAAGUACAAUGCCGAUGGAACACCACUGGAACGUCGCCAGAUUGCCUACCAGCAGCGAGAGAUUCGCCUGCACUACCACGCAUCGGCGCACCCGAAUGUGGUGUCCAUGCUAAAGAUUGUGGACGAUCCUGACUGCAUCUAUGUUAUUCUCGAGUACUGCCCCGAGGGUGAUCUCUUCUUGAAUAUCACAGAGCGUGGUCAGUACGUGGGUAAGGAUGAACUCUCCAAGAAAGUGUUCCUCCAGAUCUUGGAUGCCGUCGAGCACUGCCAUAACUUGGGUAUCUACCACCGGGAUCUCAAGCCUGAGAACAUCCUUGUCACCGACAAUGGAGAGACCGUCAAGCUCGCCGACUUUGGAUUGGCCACCAGUGAAGACCGCUCCGAGGACUACGGAUGUGGCUCGACCUUUUACAUGAGCCCAGAGUGCUUGGACCCUUCCGCAAGGAAACCCUACUACAUGUGUGCCCCCAAUGAUGUCUGGAGUCUGGGAGUAAUCCUGGUUAACCUCACUUGUGGACGCAACCCAUGGAAGCAGGCUUCCUUCCAAGACUCUACCUACCGAGCUUAUGCUCGCUCUCAGGAUUUUCUCAAGACUAUCCUGCCCUUGACUGAUGAGCUCAAUGACAUUUUGGGACGCAUCUUUAACCCCAACCCCGAGCACCGGGUCACUCUGUCUGAGCUGCGGAACAGGAUCAUUGCAUGCUCCCAGUUCACCGUCCCAGCAGUGGCUCCCAUGAACGUGCCCACACCCACUACCCAAGACCAAUACGUUUCCAACGAGGACGCAAUCGUCGCCGACUUUUGCGAGUCCCUCUCUUCUGCUUCUGCGACAUCGGAUGAAGGCUCGCUCGUCUCCAGCGUAUCAACUCUUGAUGACCUUGAUACCGAUGAAGAGGAUGACGACUUCAUGUCCGACCAGCAAGACUUGCCUCAGGAAUACAUUCAAACAUACGAGCCUGAGGAACUGUGUGAACAGCAGCCCAUCUUCCAUGGCCAGGAAUUCAUCCCACAACAGUACACUGGCCCUGUUCCCGUUCCUCUACACGCUCCUAUUGUCCCAAUUCCUGUGGUGGAAGCACCUAUACCGCACAUGCCCUGCCAGCAGGUCCCGGUGCCUAUCCAGGCGCCCAUUCCUGUGCAGCCUGCUUGCACACCGAAAUCCUUCUUCCACCUGUGGGAGGUGGUAAAAUACGUUCAGCAGGUGCCAAUGAUGCAGCAUCCUGCACCUUUCCACCAGCAGGUGUCUUUCUUGUCGUCGCUGCAUAGCUGCUACUAAGCACCAACAUGACGACUAUUAUAAUAUCUUUUCGACACCGUCUUCCAAAAACUGUUGGCUUUAUUGAACAUAAUGCUUCCCUUGAUUUUACACGGGCAUCAAGACCCAAAGGCUCGAAGCCAAACUUGUCGAGAACACCUUAUCUUUUUAAUGCUGCGCAAAUUCGGAUCAAAAAGGAAAAGAAAAGGCGUUUCGACAAAAUUUCCGCGACAAAAUUGGAUGUCUCAAUUUGAGAUAUCAAAAGCCUAAUAUUCGAUUCUUUCUGUGUUGUAUCUAUCGACCAAUUUUUAACAAUUCGCCUUGACCGCACUGGUUUUUCUUUUUCUAGCGAGGAGUUUUUAUUUUUAUUUUUCUAAAAGAGGAGUUUGGGAAAGCGUGUCCUUGAUUUCGAGGCAUUCAGUACCGGCGCAAAGAAUAUAUAUCUGAGAGAAAGGGGCAUACAGGACAUUUCUUUUUUCUGGAGAAUGAGAGACGGGGAGUUAUUUGUCAACUUUUUUGAUGGACAUGAGAUGGAAACGACACUGACGAUUUUGAGAAAAACACAAACCCGAUAAUGGGAAAGCUCUACUCUUGAGCUGGAUUUCACAACACUCCUUCAAUACUGGAAACGACAAUAUGGCCGAUUUCCAGUCAAUUCUUUGUUCUUUCUUUUGUUUACGAUGGGCAAGGAAUUUGGGCAUAGAUGCCCAAGACACAAUGUUGAUUUGGUGUCUUGUUUGUGAGAGAUUACACAAAGAUAGAAGAUUUUGGGCUCUAGCCCACGCGGAGAUGCUUAAAUUGCUACCGCACACGUUUUUAAAGAGAGAGAUAGACGGGCAGAAGUCCAAGCCUAUCAACACAAAUAUACGUUUAUCAGAUACUAUA